AUGCAAACUAGUCUUGAAUGCACUAAGUCGAUUGUCCGGCAACAACAAACCGAGUUGGAAUGGCUCAUCAAGCAACGAGAUGUGGCCAAUCGUGUAAUUGCCCACUUACGAACAGAACUGGACCUCACGAAAAGAGAGAUCAACGAAGCGAAGCACAAGUGCGUCGUUCGUAAUCACCUUGUCCAGGAGCCUUCAACUGUUUCAGCAACGGGCCGAACUUCAUCAGUCGGAAAUUCAUCGGAAUUAUCCAAACAACUCCGAUCACGGAGUGGCCUAUGGAGACAAAUUGAUGAGAUCAAGGAGAGGAACCGUCAACUAACCAAGGAGACAUGCGAUCUAACAGAAACAGUGUCCCAUCUAAAACGCUUAAUUGGAGAAAAGGCAGAAGUUGAGCAACGCCAGUCCGAGGUACGCAGCUGUUGUAGAUUGCCUGACAUAGCCGAGGCGGUACAGAGCUGUCCUCUGUUUUAA